AUGGUAUGGUAUUCUGCAUAUGGAUUAGUAGUAUUUGAUCUUUUCAUUGUGGCAUUACUCCAGUUACUAGCUACUCAUUACGAAAUAAUAUCAUCUGCGUAUGAAAACUUCAAAUACAAGGCUGAAAACGAGGAUGGUAAGUUAAGGAAGGAGGAAAUUCAGAAAGAACUUGUAUCAAUAAUUUUUGAUUGUCAAACCAUUUAUAGGAAAUUAGAAACAUUAUAUGGAUUUUCUCGGCCAAUUGUUUUAGUAUAUAUGGUAGGAGAUGCAAUAGGAAUGAUAACUAUGCCUUUUUUAAUUGUUAUGUCUUAUGUGCAAAGUGGAUCAUCAAUUUUCAAUACUAAUGUUAUGGCUUUUUCUUGGACGUUGUUUGUUGUGGGAAUUCAAUCGUACAUGUACUGUAGUUUACUUCAAAACUUAAACGAAAGAAAAGAAGAUGUAAAUUUUGGAUUAUAUGGUUGUGACUGGACAUCGUUGGAUAUUGAGAUAAAAAAACUAAUAUUGUUGGCGAUGCGAAUGAACAGCUCAAAUAAUUUAAAAAUGAAAGUGACAUCCACAAAAUUUAUUGAUCUACCUAUGUUUGCAAGUGUAUGA